AUGGCCGAAUAUACUCGCAUUGGGGAAGCCGGGAGUUCCCACCGGCCAGACGUUGGGGACGAGUACAACAAUGUCGACCGGCACGACUCGUUUGAACAUGAAGAUCUUCCGCUCCAUGAGCAAGAGCUGGACGAGAAGCAUUUGGCCACGAUAGCCGAAGAUGGCGACCUGUCCGACCCCGACUCCGACUCGGAGCUGGACGAUAUCCUCGAUGUGGAGAAACAGAACCGACCCCUGCAAGGGGAACAAGAACAAGAGCGACCACGGUCUCGCCUCAUGCCGAAAUGGAAACAAUACAAGACAUACGGCUCGCUCGUCAAGUCAUGGUGUAUCGUAGCCCUGCCUCGCUUCUGCCAGCCGGGCGGGCUGCGGCUGAAAAAGGAACCAUAUCCCACCGCCUGGCUGGACGCUCUGCGCGGAUACGCGGCGUGGAUUGUGUUCCAAUACCACUGCUUCAACACGUAUGACCCGUCGUGGCGGCGACAGCCGUUCGUCUCCGUCCUCUUCGCCGGCCCUGGCAUGGUGGCCCUGUUCUUCGUCAUCUCGGGCUACGUGUUGAGCUACGGCCUGCUGAAGCACAUGCGCACGCGCCAGUCGAGCGGCAUGCUGGACAGUCUGGCGUCGGCCACGUUCCGGCGGUACAUGCGGCUGUAUGCGUCGAGCGUGGUGGCGACCAUGUUCGCCUUCGUCCUGGUGCGGCUGCACCUGUACAACGGGCGCGGCCUGUGGGUGCCGACCUUCUUCGGCCAGGUCCGCGACUGGCUGUGGAACACCAUCUUCUUCAUCAACCCGCUCGGCGACGUGCGCGGCUGGUACCACGAGGGAACGCAGAACAGCAACUACGAGGGCGCCCUGUGGACCAUCCCCGUCGAGUUCCGCGGCAGCAUGAUCCUCUUCGGCUUCUGUGCUGCCGUGUGCAAGCUGCGCACGCCGUGGCGCAUGGGCCUGACCUGGCUCAUCAUUGUGCUGUGUUACCUGUGGAAUACCGUCUACGUCGCCGAAUUCCUCUACGGCAUGUUCGUCGCCGACUUGUCUCUGCUCAGAAACCCGGACCGUGUGCGACGGCCCGGUGCACCACUUCCACCUCUACCCACCUCGCACGCGCCUGUCGAAUCUGCCGGACUUGCUGCUGCUGCUCCUCACACACGCACAGGCUCGCUACGGAAGUGGAGCUGGCGUAAUUGGAGCGGGAACUGGAGUCUUGUCAACCGCAAGGAGGACAACAACAGGAAAAGGAACCACCACCAAUCAGGACGCCUACCACGCAUCCUUAAGAACAUCGGCUAUAUGCUUCUCUUCCUGCUGGGCAUCUUCCUGCUCGGCCAGCCCGACGGCACGGACCUCGGUGUCUGGGGCCAGUUUCCGUGGCAAUUCUUGAAAAGCUUCAUCCCGAUCUGGUACACCGACGGUGCCGAGUAUUAUUUUUACCUGUCCAUGGGCGCCUUCUGUCUGCUGCUGGCUCUCGACUCGUUGCCGUUCUUGCAGCGGCCGUUGAUGUGCGGCUUCAGCCAGUACGUCGGUGACUUGAGUUUUGGCAUCUACGCGCUGCACCCGCCGUUGACCUGGGCCUUUUAUAUCGGGUUCGCCGACCCGAUGCGUGCCAAAUAUCUGGGCGACUCGCCGCUCGCGUACAUCCCCGGCUAUAUCUCCAUGACGCUGCUGGUGUUCACUGCCGCGGAUUAUUUUACUCGCUUGGACAAGAAGAUUGUCAGAUUGGGGAGGUGGAUCCAGGUCAAGUUAUUUAGGAAAUGGGGUUGCUGA